GUUGCAUACAGAUGAGUUGACAACCGGUUUGGACUGACCCACAGACUCAUAAAAACCAACAGGGUCUCAGAUACCCUCAUAUAUUCAAACACCUGGACCAAAGGCUCCAAGGACUUGUUCACAUCAAAGGUCCAGCUACUUUCUUGGGGUGCAAGAAAUCAAGAUUUUUGUCUCCACAUUCACUCUGGCCAUCCACGAGAUUAGAGUGUUGACAGAAAGAAUGCUCAAAUAUCUUCGGAAAUGGUUUGUCACUCAUUUUUUUGGACAUUCCCGGCAGAGAGCAAGGCUGGUCUCCAAAGAUGGAAGGUGCAAUAUAGAGUUUGGCAAUGUGCAGGCACAAUCGAGGUUUAUCUUCUUUGUGGACAUCUGGACAACUGUACUUGACCUCAAAUGGAGAUAUAAAAUGACCAUUUUCAUCACUGCCUUCUUGGGAAGCUGGUUCCUCUUUGGUCUUCUGUGGUAUGCAGUAGCCUACAUUCACAAAGAUCUCCCAGAGUUUCAUCCUGUCAACCAUACCCCAUGUGUGGAGAACAUCAAUGGCUUGACCUCAGCUUUUCUGUUUUCUCUGGAAACUCAAGUGACAAUUGGCUAUGGAUUCCGGUGUGUGACAGAACAAUGUGGCACUGCCAUUUUUCUGCUUAUCUUCCAGUCAAUCCUUGGAGUCAUCAUCAAUUCUUUCAUGUGUGGCGCGAUCCUAGCAAAGAUCUCCAGAUCCAAGAAACGUGCAAAAACCAUUACCUUCAGCAAGAAUGCAGUGAUCAGCAAGCGGGGUGGGAAACUCUGUCUCCUAAUCCGAGUAGCUAAUCUUAGAAAAAGUCUUCUUAUUGGGAGCCACAUAUAUGGAAAGCUUCUGAAGACCACAGUCACUCCUGAAGGAGAGACCAUUAUUUUAGACCAGAUUAAUAUCAACUUUGUGGUAGAUGCUGGUAAUGAAAAUUUAUUCUUCAUCUCCCCACUGACAAUUUACCAUGUCAUUGAUCACAAUAGUCCUUUUUUUCAUAUGGCAGCAGAAACCCUUCCUCAUCAGGACUUUGAGUUAGUGGUGUUUUUAGAUGGCACAGUGGAGUCAACCAGUGCGACAUGCCAGGUUCGGACAUCAUAUGUCCCAGAGGAGGUGCUUUGGGGCUACCGUUUUGCUCCCAUAGUAUCCAAGACCAAGGAAGGAAAAUACCGAGUAGAUUUCCAUAACUUUAGCAAGACAGUAGAAGUGGAGACGCCUCACUGUGCCAUGUGCCUGUAUAAUGAGAAAGACGCUAGAGCCAGGAUGAAGAAAGGCUAUGACAACCCCAACUUCAUCUUGUCCGAAGUCAAUGAAACAGAUGACACCAAAAUGUAAUUGCGCCUUUUCAACAUGAAUACAGCAAAGUCUCAAAGUUGGUUAGUGACUUAGAAACACAAUGAAACAAUCAGCAACCAGGGGGUAUGAAAAUAGAACAGGAGCCCUUAAAAUCUGCCAGUACAAUGAUUCUCUGAAGCCCUUAACUGUGAUCUUAUAAGACAUGAUUCUCUGCAAGGCAACUAUCUUAGAACAUGUUAUGUAUUUAAGAGUCUGGAAUAUGGAAGCCACAGGAGCUUACUUGAAAUCUUGAAUAUGAUUAUUUGAGAUCGUGCAAUGUUGAUGAGAACAGUCAAAAUCAUCACACGUUUUAUGUCCAGGC